UUUAUUCGACCGGACCCCUGUGAAAUCUCGCCACACCACACCGCUAAUAUCCAAUCCGCACCACCUCCAACAGGGAACACUUUUAACAUCUCCAGAUCAGCACCACUAAGAAUAGCAAUACAAGCUAUGGUCAGUAUUGUGAAUGCCGACCCGACUUGGCUUCAGGGCCAGCUCAUGGACGGACUGGCAUCGUAUCAAUUUGAGCGCUCAAAAAUUGCGUUAACUCUGGUUGCUCUUGUGCUGGUGCCCGUGAUCGCCAGCUAUUCUAUCAGCAGUCGCAAAGAUGGCAAAAUCCCUCUACUUAACCCACGGGGCCUGUUCGAAUUAAGCCUUACAAAAAAUGUUGAGUUUAUGGCCAUUGGUAUGGGUCUUUUCCAGGAAGGUAAAAAACGUUUUCCAGGGCAGCCUUUCAAGCUUUUAAGCAACGUCGGUCCGGUCACUAUUUUGCCUCCUGAUCGGGCAAAUGAGGUUAAAAGCCUGCCGACGUUGAAUUUCCGCAAAGCCUUUGCCUAUGCUCUGCCGGCUGGCUGCCCGGGCAGAGAUGUUUUCUGGUUGCUCGACCACCCGAACGAGAUCGUACAAAAGGUUGUUAUGAAACAUUUGACAAAGCGCCUUAAUAGCGUUACGGGGCCGAUGGCCUUGGAAGCCGCCUUUGCUAUUGACAAAGUUUUGGGCAACAAUCCCGACUGGACCGAGGUGAUAAUUUAUGAGAAAACCACACAAAUUGUCGCCCGCGUCUCUUCCCGCGUUUUCCUCGGAUCCCAGAUCUGUCGGAACGAGGAGUGGCUCGACGUAACCAUCAAAAACGCCAUGGUGUCCUUUGGGAUUUUGAUGUCAGUGCGCUGUUUCCCCAGUUGGCUGAGGUCGGUUAUAUUUUGGACCGGCAAGCCCGGCAAGGAGUUCCGCGCCUUGUACGCCCGCGCGUGCAACAUUGUGGAACCGGUCGUUGAAAGCCGACGCAGGGAGCGGAAGGAAUGCGCGGCCAAAGGGCUGGAACCGCCAGUUUAUAACGACGUUAUCGAAUGGGUCGACAUGGAAGCGAAAGGCGACCCCACGUGCAAAACAACGGGCGUACAGCUGGUUUUGUCGACCGCGGCCAUCCACACCACGGCGGAUCUGUUCACCUACACCCUGAUACAGCUGGCCGCCAACCCAUAUCACAUCGAGGCGCUAAGGAAGGAAAUAUUGGAGACGCUGCCCGUCAACGGGUGGAAAAAAAUGUCCCUCGCGUCUCUCAAACUACUCGAUAGCGCCAUUAAAGAAGCACAAAGGCUUAAGCCCGUCCAGGCGAAUUCCAUGCAGCGGAUGGUAACAGAAGACACCGAGCUCGAGGGCGGGUACGUGCUUCGCAAGGGUGAAGUCGUCAGCGUCGACGCCAGCAGGGUUUGGGACCCGGCCAGGUUCGAAAACCCGAGAGAGUUUAACCCCUACCGGUUUUUUGAGGCUCGGCAAAAGCCUGGCGGUGAAAACAUCUCGCAGCUAGUGUCGGCCACCGCCGAUCACCUACCAUUUGGCUACGGCAAAUACGCAUGCCCGGGCCGCUUUUUCGUCGCCCACGAGAUCAAGCUUAUAUUUUGUUACUUGCUUCUCAAAUACGAUUGGAAAAUAUCUGAUAGUAAUACGGCUCCAUUCACCAUCGAUGCGGUAGCCAACAUCUCCCAGGCGGGAAUUCUCCAGGGGCUCGGCACUAUGACGUCGGCAUGGUAUGCUCCGUACAUUGUCACGGCCUUGGUAUUGACCAUUGCCGCAUACAACUCGCGGGACAAUUAUCCAAACGUACCUUGGUUAAACCCAAAAGGGUUUAUCGAUUUGAUGGCAUUUAAGCCACGCUACAAAUUCUUUUUUCAGCCUCGAGAAACGUUGAAAGAAGGUGCAAAACGAUUCGGAGAUAAGCCUUACAAACUCAAUACGGAGCACGGCCCCGUCCUCGUCCUCCCGCACAAAUACGUGGCCGAGGUGAGAAGUGAACGAAACCUUGAUUUCACGGCUGCAGCUGGAGAUCCGUUAUCACUUGAGGCUACCAAAGCUCUGAAGGAUGUGUUUGCUGAAUCAAAGGACUGGACUGAAAUAACCCCUGCCAGCGUCACGAUGAUCGUUUCCCGUAUGUCCUCCCGAAUCUUUAUGGAGGAACUUUGCAAAGAUACGGAUUGGAUCAAGGCAUCUUCUGAAUACGUCGUCAACAUUUUCCAUUUUGGGUUUCUCCUCGGGGUGUGUCCAAAGUUCCUUCGACGCAUCGUAAACCAAUUUCACCCACGAGCGUUGAAAAACCGCCAGCUGCUUCAGAACUGCCGGGACAUAUUAAAGCCGUAUCUAGACCAACGGGCCGCGGUUAUCAAGGAGGCCGAGGCUCAGGGUGAAAAGAACCCAUACAACGAUUCAAUCGAAUGGUAUAAAAAGGAAGUUCAAAGUAGAAAGGUCGACCCGGCAGUUGAGCAGAUUUCUCUCUCCCUCUUAGCCGUACACACCACUUCGGACCUCUUGGGCCAAACCAUAGUCGACAUUGCGAGGCAACCGGAGCUUUUUGAUCCUUUGCGUCAGGAGGUUAUCAAUGUGCUGGGUACAGACGGUCUAAACAAGGCGGCGUUCCAGAAGCUGGUAUUGAUGGAUGGCUGUUUUAAAGAAACCCAGAGGGUAAGACCAAUUUUUAACACAUUUUUCCAAAGAAAAGCCCUUCAAAACGUCACGCUGAGCGACGGCUUCGUCAUCAGAAAGGGGACCAAUGUCGCAGUGGACGCCAUUCGCAUGGAGGACGAAAAUAUUUGGCCGGAACCGCACCGCUACAACCCCUACCGCUUCAUCGAGAUGCGCAAAACACCAGGAGAGGAGGCCAAAUCGCACCUGGUCAGCGUCAGUGCCAAUCACUUUGCUUUUGGCCAUGGCGUCCACGCCUGUCCCGGUCGAUUCUUCGCAGCCGUGGAGCUAAAAAUCGCCUUGGCGCAUAUUCUCCUCAAAUACGACUGGAAGCUUGCCCCGGGCAGCGAGAAUAUAGGUCCCGCCGCACACGGAAUUAAUUUCAACCUCAAUCCCGAUAUCAAGCUCUUGGUUCGUCGUAGAAAAGAGGAGCUGGAGCUCGACUCGCUGGCUUUUUAA